UGCCCAUUCCUGGCAGGUAACUUCAUUCUUACAUAAUUGAAAAUCCCCCCUAUUCCAUGCAAUAAUCUGUCCAUUUCCCCCUAAAACAUCCCUCAAAAACUUCACAAAAAAACAAUAACAAUUUGCUACAAAUUUCACAACAAUCUAACCCUUUGACCCAUAAUAAGAUUCACCAUGCAACGUCCACCACCGGAAGAAUUUGCACUCAAAGAAACCGCCCCAAAAAUCGCGGGAUCAGGCAAAUACGUCGGCGACAAGCUCACCAGCACCUAUGAUCUCGUCGAACAAAUGCAGUAUCUCUAUGUUCGAGUCGCCAAAGCCAAAGAUCUGCCACCAAAAGAUGUCACAGGAAGUUGUGACCCUUAUGUUGAAGUCAAGCUAGGAAACUACAAAGGGAUCACUCGACACUUCGAAAAGAAAUCAAACCCCGAAUGGGAUCAUGUCUUCGCGUUCUCACAGGAUCGGAUUCAAGCGUCGUUUGUUGAGAUUGUGGUUAAGGAUAAAGAUGUGGUUAUGGAUGAUUUUAUUGGAAGAAUAUUGUUUGAACUUAUUGAUGUUCCGAAAAGAGUCCCUCCGGAUAGUCCCCUUGCGCCGCAAUGGUACAAGUUGGAAGAUAAGAAGGGGGAGAAGCUUAAACACGGUGAGAUCAUGCUCGCCGUGUGGAGAGGAACCCAGGCGGACGAGUGUUUCUCGGACGCCUGGCAUUCGGAUGCUGCCACGGUUAACCGCGAAGGCGUGUCGAAGAUUCGGGGAAAAGUUUAUCUCUCUCCGAAACUAUGGUACGUUCGAGUUAACGUAAUCGAGUGUCAAGACUUGAUCCCCAGCGACCGCAACAAACCGGUCGAGGUCAGCGUAAAGGUGGCAUUGGGUAAUCAAGCAUUCAGGACACAAAUAUCUCCUGUAAAAACAAUAAACCCAAUAUGGAACGAAGAUCUAGUGUUUGUAGCAGCAGAACCCUUCGAAGAAGCGUUAAUGUUAACCGUAGAAGAUCGAGGUAACAAAGAUGAGAUCCUAGGAAAAUGUUUGUUGCCAUUGUACUCCGUUCAUCGAAGAUGGGAUAAUAAAGCCGUACAUUCGAAAUGGCACAAUCUUGAGAAACAUACGGUGAUUGAUGGUGAGAAAAAAGAAGCAAAGUUUGCGAGUCGAAUUCAUCUACGAGUGUGUUUGGAUGGUGGGUAUCAUGUGUUGGAUGAGUCGACGAAUUAUAGUAGCGAUUUAAGGCCGACCGCGAAGCAGAUAUGGAAACCGAGCAUUGGGAUUUUGGAGCUUGGGAUUAUAAGCGCGAAGGGGUUGUCGCCAAUGAAGACACGAGACGGUCGUGGGACAACGGAUGCGUUUUGUGUGGCGAAGUAUGGGAAUAAAUGGGUUCGGACGAGGACGAUUAUUGAUAGUUUUUCGCCGACGUGGAAUGAACAGUAUACGUGGGAGGUUUUUGAUCCAUGUACGGUGAUAACGAUUGGUGCGUUUGAUAAUGGGUUUUUGCAUAAGGGGAGUAACGAUUCGAGGAUUGGGAAAGUGAGGAUCCGGUUGUCGACGUUAGAGACGGAACGAGUGUAUACACAUUCGUACCCGCUUAUUGCUUUACACACUUCGGGUGUGAAGAAAAUGGGCGAGGUGCAAUUGGCUGUGAGGUUUUCGUGCACUUCGUAUAUUAAUAUGUUGCAUAAAUACUCACAGCCGAUUUUGCCUAAGAUGCACUAUGUGCAUCCGUUGUCAAUGAGUCAAACCGAUAGGUUACGGCACCACGCGACCCAGAUAGUCUCGACUAGGUUGGGCCGUGCCGAGCCACCGUUGAGGAGAGAGGUGGUUGAGUACAUGCUAGACGUUUCUUCGCACUUAUGGAGUGUUCGAAGAAGUAAAGCGAACUUUUUUCGAAUAGUAAAUGUGGUUAGUGGUUUUGUAGGGUUGAUCAAAUGGUUCGACUCGAUAUGCCACUGGACCAACCCGCUCACGACGCUUCUAAUCCACGUACUUUUCGUGAUACUGAUACUGUCGCCGGAACUAAUCCUACCUACAACUUUCCUAUACUUAUUUGUGGUCGGGAUCUGGCGAUACCGACGGAAACCGAGGCACCCUCCUCAUAUGGACAUCCGAUUAUCACACGCGGAUGCAGUGAACUUCGACGAGUUAGACGAGGAGUUCGACACGUUUCCAACUUCUAAAGGGCCACAUGUGGUCCGAAUGCGAUAUGAUCGGUUAAGAAGUAUUGGUGGUAGGAUCCAGACCGUGGCGGGUGACUUGGCGACUCAAGGCGAGAGGUUCCACUCGUUGUUGAGUUGGCGCGACCCAAGAGCAUCCGCAUUGUUUGUGACAUUUUGUUUGGUCACCGCGAUUGUGUUGUAUGUGAUACCGUUUCAAGUGGUCGCACUUCUUUUCGUGUUUUACGUGUUGAGACAUCCGCGGUUUCGAACCAAACUGCCUUCGAUGCCUGCAAGUUUCUUUCGAAGGCUCCCAUCUGGUGCAGAUAGCAUGUUGUAGUCGAGGAAAUUGUAUUUUCUAGUCUACCUUAUUAUUUGUAUUUCACUAUUUCCUUUAUGAGUGUUAUUGAUUUGGAAUGGAAUGAGAAAUAUGGUAAGUCAAGUUGUAAUA